AUGAGCGCAGCAAGUGGGAAGGAUGACUGGCAGAGCUCCAAUAAAUACUGCUAUGUCACGCCCUGCGAUGGCAAGUGUGACCCAGGCGACAUCAAGAUAACAGACCAGAAGUGCGGAACUGGCGACAAACGGAGCAGGCUGUGUUAUCCUCUCUCGGGGGCUCCGGAUCCCAAGGACUAUACAUGGCGAGGGAACCCGUGGUAUUGCAACGACUACUGUCAUGACGACGAGGUCAUGAUGGAGAUGAACAAGUGGGGCGGAGACGACAGUGUCGGUGGGAGCUGUUUCGGCGACGGCCUGCCACUCACCUUCUCGAGCUCGGUGUUAACCAUCCUAGAAGACGUAGCCAAGAUCAUGCUUAGGGUUGUCGGUCGUAGCGUACCGCUGGCCGCGCUGACGGGUGAGGCGCUCCUAUUCGUGCUCGCUGAGCUUGACCUGGACACAGACAAAUACUACUGCUGCCCGAAAGGAGACAUUGACAAGUGGUCCAAUUGUGCAUGGGAUGCUAUUUCGGCGGCGGCGAGACAUGCGGCAUACAGCUUUGGCGAGUGCGCACCUUUUGCUGUGAACCCAAGGAUAGUCUGCUCCUCCUACUCGUACCACUUAAGAAAUGGGACUAACGAAACAUCAGAUUCCCAACAGAACCUUAAUGAUGCCGCCUUCCAGUUCGUCGUGCUCGCGUCGCUUGGGACGUUACAGGUAUCGCCGGACAAACGCGAUGGCUUAUACUGGGGCAUCUUCAACAUGGUCAAGCCUGAAAUCAAACGCGAGUUCACGUACAAGUAUCAGAACACGCUGACGGCUAAGCUCAUCGACGAGACUUGGUCUUGCACCAAGGGCGAUGUAUCGUACGAGGGACACCUACUCGCCUAG